CCUGGCAGCAUCCCUGUCUCCACACAAGGGUCCCAGGCUGCCACAGCUCUGCAGCAACCACACAGCUCCCUGCAAAGAAGACCAGGAGAUAUUCCUGGGGAUGAUCUCAGCCCUCCCAGCUCUGGGGCUGGGCUGCCCCAGCCCUCUCCCAGUGCAGGGACACACCAGGACUCUCCCCAGGUCACAGCUGUCCCCUCCCUUUCUGUUCUUAAGCAGAUGGAGGUGACAAAGCCUAAAACGUCUGCCUUGACUUCAACAGUCCAUUUUCAUCCUCCAGGAAAAGGAACAGCAGCGCCUCCAUUUCCCAGCAGAGCUGGGAUUGCUCCUGGAAGUGCAGGGCUGGGCUGGUCACCCCCAGGAAUGCACAGAACUCCCCAGACCCAGCCUGGCAGCUCAGCAGCUGUGACACCUGCACACCUGAAGAGGACUCAGGGUAUGGAUGCUGGAGUUACAGCUUCUGCAGUGCCAGGACAGCCAUCUCCAGGGGGCCUGGAUGCAGCCUAUUCCAGAACAGCACGUGCCAGGGCCACUCAGGUUUCCCCUGUUCUGCCUCUGAAUCAAGAAACAACAGGCAGCAAGGGCAGAACUCCACCAGCAGCUGUAACAAAUGGUUCUGGACACCCAACCCAGCUGCCUGCUCUGCAGACACUCCCACCAGGACACCUCCACUCCUCUUCAUUACUGAUGGGAUCCCCAGCUCCUGCUGGAUUAACUCCAUCCCCAUUUCAAGGGCCUGUUGGCACGACUGGAGGACAACAGUCCUUGGACAGGACCCUCAACUGCACCAAACCUGCUGCCCAGGAAAGCAAGAGGAGCUCUCAGGGAAUCACUGCUGUAGCUCUGCAAGGAGAUUCUGAUCAUGGGAUGGUGACAAGCAAACCUGGGAAAUCUGCAUCCCCUGAGAGCCCACAGGCUUCUGCUACUUCAUCCUCCUCAAGCCCAUCAGGGAUUUCCACAUUAAAACUUUCCCAGACUACUAAAGAGCAAAAAGAAGCAACAUCUGCACCCCCUCCUGGAAUGUCUGCCUUUGGGAAUGCAGACCUUCAGCCCUGGGAUUCUGUUCAGGAAGGGCUUCAGCCACCAGGUGCAUCUUUCCCUGGAUUGCAGCCCAUGGGCAUCCCCAGCUCUGCUGAGAGACUUCACACCACAACAACAGCAGUUUCCUCCACAGCUGCUGGGGCUGGGGCUGGGGCUCAGGGUGUUCCUGCCCAUCCUGGAUCUCAGGAAGCCUUUGCUGGGAUGCUGCAGCUGAGCAUGGUGGAAGACAAGAAGAGAAGGAAAGGUCUCCCUCAGCAGACAGCUGGAACUGGUUCUCCAGCAGCCAGCCCAGUCCCCAGCCCCUCUGGAGCCUGGGACAGCAGGAACCAGACAGCUCCCUCUGCCAGCUCUGCCCCUCCAGCCUCCCAGACCCACCACGCUGGCAGCCUGGCAGCUUCUGCUUCAGAACCACCCUCAGCCCCUGCAGGGGGAGGCCAGUCCAGCUCAGCCCCAGCACAUCCCGAUCCAGGGGUGCCCAGUGUCCCUGCAGAGGUCCCAGCACAGCUGGCACAGGCUCUGGUGCAGCAGUUCAGGACGGCACUUGAUGCAGCCAGCAGGAACCUCAGCACUGCCAGAGGAGACCCCCUCACCAUCACAGCAGCCCCAAACCUGUCCUUCCUGUUCAAGAGCACUGAUGGCACCAUCUGCCUCCAGCCCAUGCAGGAGCCCCCCCUGCCCAGGACAUUCCCCAGCACCAGUGUUGGGGGGCUGGUGUCCGUUCAGCAGAUCCUGGCAGCAUCAAACUCCUCAGUGCUGGACCCUGGGGACUUGCACCAUCUGAGUCCUUCCAGCUUGGUGCUGGUCAGGCCUGUGUUCAUCCUGCUGCCCACUGGCACAGCAGACUCACCCUUGGCUCGGGGGGAAGGGGAGCACAGAACCACCCACCUGGUCCCAAACGUGGGCACCCCUGAGAGCAGCCACGUGAGGACUGGUUCCUCUGAUCCCAGCAGGAAACCUGGAACUGCUCUGCCCACUGUGUCCAGCCAACAAGCAGAGAGAGCAAAGGGAACUCCUGAGCCAGCUACUCCCAACUACAGAGCCACCACGGGCUUGCUCCAAGCUGCCACCACAGCACCAGGUCCUUUGCUGGAGCCAGGGACGGGGAUGAGCAGCACAGGGCAGGCCCUGCACCUUCACAGGAUGCCAGAGGAGAUGCAGAUCCCUGCUCUCCAUUCCCAGGAGGCCAAGGGCACUGAUUUCCUUCUCCUGAGCAGCAUGUUGGCAGAGCCUGGCAUCUCCCCUGGGGCACCAUCAGUGCUGCCCACGCAGCAGAGCCCCCACACUUCCCCCAAAGUGUCUCUCACCACCGAAAAGCCACAUUCUGUAACUCCUUCACUGCCAGCAAAGGGACUCCCUGAUUUCCCAGUGCCUGCCCAGCCUGUGCCCACCAGCACAGGGGCUGCAGGUGGUGCUCAGCACAGUGGGACACUGCAAACUGCUGCCCCUGGCCGGGGCUCAGUGACCACCCUGAGCUCUGCCCCGGCUUCCCACGGGACCUCACGCUCAGCUGGAACCACGAAAUACCCACUGGAGGUGGUCACAAGCACCAGACCUCUGCAGGCCACAUCCCAGAGGCUCCCCAGGACCACGUUGCUGCUGCCAUCAGAGGCACCCAGCAUGUCCUCAGCUUCCCCAGUGCUUCCAGCUGGGAAUCAGCACAGAGAGGCUGCCCUGGGCAGCACAGCUCCUCCAGGAGCUGCUCCAGCAGCACAAACCCACAGCACUUCUGUACAGCCUGAUCCCCCCCAGCACUUGGAAUUCACUGCCACGGUGCCCAAGCCCUGGGUGAGGACAGAGGCAGCAGCAGCACCGGUGCAGACUCCCUGUGCUGCAGAGAUCCAAACGAAGGCAACGCUUCCUGGGAAACCUCUGGCUGCAGUGACCCACCCACGGGGGUAUUCCAGCUCUGCUGCACACCCACCUUCUCCUGCACCUGCACACGUGCCCCUGCUGGCAGCCCUGGAACGUGACCAGGCCCUCCAAGAAGCUCCCACUGAGCCGUUCCCAAAGCCUACGGAAAUCAGCACGAGGGCAGGACAAGCAGGAAGCGAAACAGCCUCGAGGGACACAGGGCACCCCACGGGCUCCAGCAGCAGUGACUGCUCCCUCUGCAGCGAGGGGUGGCCCUGCCACUGCUCCACUCGUGAGCAGAACAGCAGCUUCCCAAGCUGA